ACGGCGUUCCUAAGCUCAGUUUUAUAGUGCGCGGCCGAUUUGACGGACCAUCCAUGCCAAGUUGGAACCAAACACUAUUCCUAGAUUAGCUAGCAAAUACAACAGACAUACAUACACACACAAACUACGGACUCGUAGCUAAAAGCGUAGACAGAAGAAGUACUGCUGCUACCACUACAUUACUACCACAACACAUCCACAGUUCGUUCGAGCAAGGACGCAAUCAGCAGAGCCAGCAGUAGUUAAAUUCGCGAACCGUCGUCGUUCCCGUUGGGUGGUGUUUAUUUGGUUGUUUGAGUUUUAAAGUUGACCAAUUUACACAAAGAUGAGCGAUCCGAACAUUGCCUCGACCCAGAGUAUAGCGGACUAUCUGGCGCAGUUGCUGAAAGAUAGGAAGCAGCUAGCCGCCUUCCCGAACGUCUUCCUCCACGUUGAGCGACUCCUGGACGAAGAAAUCGCUAAGGUUCGAGCCAGCCUCUUCCAAAUAAAUGGAGUCAAGAAGGAACCGCUCGUUCUGCCAGAAGCCGAAGGAACAGUCACAACGCUUACAGAAAAAGUAUACGUGCCGGUUAAGGAACAUCCAGAUUUCAACUUCGUUGGAAGGAUUUUGGGACCACGCGGCAUGACGGCCAAGCAGCUGGAACAAGAAACUGGAUGCAAGAUUAUGGUGCGAGGGAAGGGCUCGAUGAGGGACAAAAAGAAGGAAGAUCAGAACAGGGGAAAACCGAACUGGGAGCAUUUGGCUGAUGAGCUGCACGUCCUGUUGACCGUCGAGGAUACAGAAAACAGGGCUCAAGUUAAGCUGGCCAGGGCAGUCGAAGAAGUCAAGAAGUUACUCGUACCUCAAGCCGAUGGUGAAGAUGAGCUUAAGAAAAGGCAGCUGAUGGAGUUGGCGAUCAUAAACGGCACGUACAGAGACUCCAGCUCGAAGGCAACCUCAGGAUUUUUCAUGCCAGCUUGCGAUGACGAGUGGAAGCGCGUCGCGAUGGCCGCCGAGACGCAACGGCUCCUCUCCCCCGGUAUGCCAGGCAUCGCGACGCCCAUGAGGACGCCCGCCACCCCACUGGGAGCACCGUUGAUCCUGUCGCCGCGCAUGUCCGUCCCGACGACGGCCGCCUCCAUCCUGAACGGCUCGGCACCGCCCGGCUCCCUCCUCUCCCCCGGCGACGCACAUGGUCUCAUCUACGCCUCAUACCCGGACUACAACUACGCCGCCCUCGCCGCCUCCCCGCUGCUCACCGAAUACGCAACAGCUGAUCACUCUGCAGGUGCAGCUGCUGUAGCUGCUAAACAGCGCAGACACCUAGGCCAGGUCAGGGAACAUCCUUACCAAAGAGCAGGCGCUCUGUCUUAAAUCUUUUUAGACAAGGCGUGCUAACUUGUCACCUGCGCCACUCGACUAACAGGAAGCGGACCAUCUACGGUAGUGGUACGUCUAACAAACAUCACUAACCCUGCACUCUGUACUAAGGAUCACCAUUAUUAUUAUUAUUUUUAAUUAUUAUUUUAUUAUUAUUACUACUUAUUAUUAUGUACGUUUCUAUUAUUACUUUUUACACACAAACACGUACGUUACAACACUAACUGAAACAAAGAAAUGAGGAAAACAUUUAACAAACCAGUCAAUUAUUCGAAAACUUUAUUUGUUUUCCUUAACUAAUUAAGAUAUGUUUGUUAACAUAACAUUGACGAUGAAAGCAUUUAAAAAAAAACAAUAAUUGGCAAGCCAAAAUCAAUUAGUAAACUUAUCAAAGUUUAAAUUUUUUCCUUAAUUACGAUAUGUUGAUCAACGUAACUAUUGUCUCUUCAUGUAUUCUACAUAUUAUGUUGUGGUGCGUGUGUGUUUGCGUGCGCCUGAAGAGCGGCAACGAUGGAAAUCAGCAGCAAUUACAAUUAAAGUCGUUUUAAAAGGUCUCAAAAGCCUUAACAGCUUUCGGACGAUUAAUAUUAUUUUUUUUUAUAUAUCAUGAGAAACUCUCUGCCAAAGUACAAAUUUCGAGUUUCGAAGCAAGUGCCAAUUUAUUAUUAUUAUUAUUUCUAUUUUUUUUUAUUAACUUUUUUACUAGGAGAUUAUAUAUCAAAGCAAUCGGAAGAUCUGACUCAUUUGUUUUCUGAACUUAAUGUAAAGCCGCGCGAUGCUCGCCAAGUGACCUGCAACUGCGUUGAUUACCGCACAAAAUACUUACGCAAGUCACUUGGCAAGUAGAGAGUUUGGUUUCGAUGAGACGCGUUUCCUUUGCUCGAGCGAGAUCAAAGAAAGAAAGAAAAAAUCCACUUCAAACAAAACAACA